AUGACGUCUAUUUACGAGGGCAAAUCGGUAAUCCGUCCGAUAGCUUUCAAGCCACUAGGCGGGCGCUUGUCUGCGGGCGGAGAGCGGUAUGGCUCCACACCGGUACUUGCGAGUCGACCGCCUUCGCUUAUGACAUUAUAUGGCAGUUCGUCGGACGUACGUGAGGCACGUUGGUGCGGGUCCCCACAGCCAGCCUCGUUAUCCGCUCUGCCGCCCGCUACGCUCUCCGCGCCGCUACACCAACGACAUCACUCGGCUAUCGUGACAAAAUCAAGCUCCGGAUUGAUCUCUGAGUUCAAAGAGCCUGCGCCUGCGCCUUCGCCUGCCGACUCCGGCGUGGCGGAGUUAGAACGAGAUCAACAUGAUUACAGCCUAUCGGAGCGCGUGCGCGUGCGGCCGCGCCUGCUGCAGGGCUACGCGCGGCGCGACGAGCGCGAGGCGGAGCUGGCGCGCGUGCGCCGCGAGCGCGCGCUGCUGCGCCAGCGCCUCGAGGACACCGAGUGGAGUCUGUGCCAGCGCGCCGGCGAGAUCGCGCUGCUCAAGACGCAGCUUAAAGAUGCUCAGAACGAACAAACCGCGAAAGGCCACGAGUACCUCACACUGAAGGCCGACUGUCGCCAAAUGCGAGAAUCGCUCGAUAAGAGAGACAAAGAAAUAAUGAGAUUGCGAAAUGAAUCUGACGAAAAAGAUAAAACUUUGAAAAGAUUACAAGCCGAAAUAGACAGACUUACAGCUGAUCUAACAGAUAACGUUAAAGAAGCGACAAAAACUAAGGAAAACAAUAAAAACGAAGUGGAUAAACUGAAAACGGAAAUAAAGGAGCUGCGACAGGAACUAUCAGAUGUAUCUUUAAGCGGUUAUGAGGGAAUUGAAUGCGGAAGGACAAUGAGAGGGAUAUAUGAUGUGUGUAAAACCAAUGAAUAUCAUUGGAAUUCAAACGAUAGUGCUUUAGAGGAUGCUGAAGUUCAAAGAUUAAACGGGGAAUUACCGGAUUGUACAGGAAUCUGUCAUUCCACGGCAAUGGUGGAAAGACUUAAAGCAGAUAUGCAAAAUAAAGAAGCCCAAUUCAAUAAUGAGAGACGAAAAUGGUCGGAGGAAAAGGAUAAAGUGUUGAGAUAUCAGAAGCAGUUACAGAUGAAUUACGUGCAAAUGUUUAAGAAAUCUCGCAAUUUGGAGGCUGAAAUCGAUGGGCUAAGGCUUGAGCUGGAGCUGUGCAACAAAAACAUGAAGAAUCUAAACCAACAAAAAACCAUAGAACUG